UGUUAUCAAAAGAUGAGUUCUUUGUUGAGAGCUUGUUGAGUUGCUUUCAAGUUUUUCUUUUGGCAGUCGACCUACUGGUUCAUGAUUGUGUAGGAGUUCACCAGAAAGAUGGUACUCGACUUAGAUUUGUUUCGUGCAGAUAAGGGUGGAAAUCCCGACCUGCUUCGUGAAAACCAAAGGAAACGGUUCAAGGAUCCAGGCAUUGUUGACAAAGUUAUCGAAGCUGAUGACAAAUGGAGAAAAUUGCGAUUUCAGGCCGACAACCUGAACAAGUUGAAAAACAUGUGUAACAAGCAGAUCGGUGCUAGAAAGAAGAACAAGGAGGCAGAUGGUGAUACAGAUUCUUUGACCGAUGAGCUGGUCGAGAAGCUCGAAUCUUUGACAGUGGAGUCGAUGGCACCACUCUGUGUCAAGCAAAUCAAAAGACUGAGUACCUUGCUGGACCAGGCGAUCGUACGGUGUAACGAGGAGCGUAUCGAGACAGAGAGAAUACGUGACUCGUACGUCACCCAGGUUGGCAACUUGGUGCAUCCUAGUGUCCCUGUCAGUGACAACGAGGAUAACAAUGGUAUUGUACGCACCUUUGGUGAUCCCCAGCCCAAGAAGUAUUCCCAUGUCGACUUGUCUUAUAUGGUCGGUGGUCUGGACACUGAGCAAGGUGCUGUUGUUUCUGGCAGCAGAGGAUACUUCCUGAAGGGACCACUGGUCUCUCUGCAGCAGGCCCUGGUUCAAUAUGCUCAGCAUUUGCUCAUCGAAGGCGGCUAUGAAUUGCUGUACACACCGUUCUUCAUGCGCAAGGAGGUCAUGCAGGAGGUGGCGCAGCUGAGUCAGUUUGAUGACGAACUCUACAAGGUAGUUGGCAAAAGCAGUGAGAUUGCAGCAGAUACGGCUGUCGAGGAGAGAUAUCUCAUCGCCACCAGUGAGCAGCCAAUUGCAGCGUACCAUCGCGACCAGUGGCUCGACACAAAGGAGCUGCCCAUCCGGUAUGCUGGCUAUUCGACGUGUUUCCGCCAGGAGGUCGGCUCUCAUGGUCGUGACACGAGGGGAAUCUUCCGUGUCCACCAAUUUGAAAAGGUGGAGCAGUUUGUCCUCACCAGCCCGCACGACGAUGCCAGCUGGACAGAACUCGACUCUAUGAUCGGCAAGGCGGAGGAGUUCUACCGCACUCUCGGCAUUCCGUAUAGAGUUGUGAACAUUGUCUCUGGUGAGCUGAACAAUGCUGCUGCUAAGAAACUUGAUCUCGAAGGUUGGUUCCCUGGCUCGCAAACAUUCCGUGAGCUUGUCUCAUGCUCCAACUGUACUGACUACCAAUCAAGGCGUCUUCGGGUGCGAUUCGGUCAAACGAAGAAGAUGAAUGCGACGGCCGAGUUUGUGCACAUGCUCAAUGCUACCAUGUGUGCCACUACUCGUGCAAUCUGCACAAUCUUGGAGAACUACCAGACGGAGACGGGAGUCACCAUUCCGGACGUACUCAAGCCAUUCAUGCCUCCUAGCCUGCGCGACGAGAUCAAGUUUGUCAAGCCGGCGCCCAUUGACGAGGAGAAGAAGAAGAAGAAAGGAGGCAGUGCAGCGGCUACUGCAAAGUAAUCCUGCUAUGAACGCCGUAUCGACUGUCCAGCUCUCAACUCUAGGCAUCUCUUGUUCCUGGUGAUGUUACAUGCUCGCUGUCUCCUCUACAGCCACUAGUACACGGCAUGGCUCUGCUUCAUGCAGCUCAAACCGCAUGUCUCUGCUACGUGCAGCUCAAACCCUUCUGCAGUUAGUGCUCACAUGCUAUUUUCGCUUAUACUUUUAAGGCCUUUCUUUCUAACAUGCACUUCAGUCAUUUUGUGACGAAGUUUGAUUCUGGUUGCGCUGAAUUGCAACGUUCUUUCCAGGCUAUUAUCGCUACUAAUGUGGUGCGCUGUUA